UAUAGAUUGGACUGAGUUCGUACUUGGUACAGCAAUUGAGCAAAGUCCAAAUAGAAUAAUCAUUUUUUUUUGUUUUUGGUUUUGUUUUGGGUGGCUCGGCCUCUUCUCUCGCGCUCUACUCGCCUCUUUGUUCGAUUACAUCACGUCCCUCUAUCUUGUCAUUCAAUUUUCCUGACAAUUGUUCAUUCGUUUUUCUUUCCCGAUCACCAUAAUCUCUCCUCAUUAAUUAAUCCCUUGUUGAUCAAUCUGAAUCGAGAGGUUUUUCUCUUUUUCGACGAUCCUUUUAUUAUAAGGAUCUCUAAGAUAAAAUAUCUUUUGUUGGAAAAUGGAAGAAGAAGAAGAAAUGAGCGUCCAUAAAAGAGCUGCUGAAAAGAGCUAUGAAAGGCAGGAAGAAGUUACUGGUAUAGAUGAUAAUACAAGAAUAUCUGAAGCUGAAAAUAUGAAGACACAUAUUCCUUGCAUAGAUACUGUGGAUAGUAAUGUAAAUAUAGGAGAAGUUGGUUCAGUUGCUACAGUUAAUGAUGAUGAACUUUUUGAGCAUGUUCCACUGAAAGACCGGGAUAAAAAUUGCGAGCAGUCUUUGAGUCCAGAUGAGUUGAGAGACUCAGGAGUUGGAAGUGACGAUACAUUUGAGUUUUCCUUCCCUGGUGUUAGAUCAUCAGGGUUUGAUUCUCCCCCAGAACUAGGUAUGCGUCAUGAUCGCCAUUAUUCGAGCCCUGGGCCUGAGAGAGACUCAAAUUAUGAUGCUAGAGAGUCCUUGUCUUCAGCUAGUCUUGAUUCUGCUUUGCAUUUGUAUGGAGAUGCAGGAUACUCUCCUGUUGAUUCACCACCAAAACUGAAGGCCAAACAAGAUAUGCCUAAUGUGUCUCCGGAGCUUCUUCAUUUAGUAGAUUCAGCUAUAAUGGGGAAGGCUGAAAGCUUGGAGAAGCUGAAGAAUGUAGUUUGUGGCGUUGAGAGUUUUGGAGGAGGUGAAGAGGCUGUGGCUAUGGCUUACUUAGUCGUUGACUCACUUCUUGCCACCAUGGGAGGUGUCGAAUCUUUUGAAGAGGACGGGGAUGAUAAUCCACCCAGUGUGAUGCUGAACUCCAGGGCUGCUAUAGUGGCUGGUGAGUUGGUUCCUUGGCUUCCGGACAUUGGGGACUUUGAAGGUUUUAUGUCUCCUAGGACUCGGAUGGUGAGAGGGCUGCUAGCUAUUUUGCGCGCUUGCACUAGGAACAGAGAGAUGUGCUCUGUGGCUGGUUUAUUGGGAGUACUUCUCCGCACUUCCGAGAGGAUUUUUGUUGAGAAUGUUGGUUCAGGAGAAAAGAGCACGUGGGAUGGAACUCCUCUGUGUUAUUGCAUUCAGUACUUAGCUGGUCAUUCUCUUAGUCCAUCGGAUCUGCACUUCUGGCUUAAAGUCAUUAACAAAACUCUCACCACGCAAUGGGCAGCCCGUUUAUUGCGCUCUUUGGAGAAAGCCAUGGGUGGGAAAGAGGUCAGGGGUCCAGCAAGUACUUUUGAGUUUGAUGGAGAGAGUUCUGGCUUGUUAGGUCCCGGGGAGAGUAAAUGGCCUUUUACUAAUGGAUAUGCAUUUGCAACUUGGAUCUACAUCGAAUCAUUUGCGGACAAUAUAAGCACAGCAACAACUGCUGCUGCUAUUGCAAUGGCUGCUGCCGCCACAUCAGGACGAUCAUCUCCCAUGUCAGCUGCUGCAGCUGCUAGUGCUCUAGCUGGAGAAGGCACGGCCCAUAUGCCUCGACUUUUCAGUUUUCUAUCUGCUGACAAUCAGGGGAUGGAAGCAUAUUUUCAUGCUCAGUUUUUAGUUGUUGAAUGUGGAAGUGGGAAAGGAAGGAAGGCAUCUUUGCAUUUUACUCAUGCAUUCAAGCCACAGUGUUGGUACUUCAUUGGCCUUGAACAUUCUUGCAGACAGGGUAUCCUAGGAAAGUCAGAAAGUGAGUUGAGGUUGUACGUUGAUGGUUCCUUGUACGAAAGCCGUCCAUUUGAUUUGCCAAGGAUUUCUAAGCCACUCGCAUUUUGCUGCAUUGGCACUAAUCCUCCUCCAACUAUGGCUGGAUUACAACGCCGGCGCCGCCAGUGCCCUUUGUUUGCUGAAAUGGGACCUGUGUACAUAUUUAGAGAACCUAUUGGCCCAGAAAGGAUGGCACGGUUAGCUAAAAGAGGAGGCGAUGUUCUGCCAUCAUUUGGCAAUGGUUUGGGAUCACCAUGGAUUGCAACAAAUGAUCAUGUCCAAAGCAUGGCACAAGAUAGUGCACUUUUGGAUUCUGAAAUUGCUGGGUUAAUUCAUCUGCUUUACCAUCCUAAUUUGUUGAGUGGGCGUUACUGUCCAGAUGCUUCUCCUUCUGGUGCUACAGGUAUGCUUCGAAGGCCUGCAGAGGUUCUUGGUCAAGUUCACGUUGCCACAAGAAUGCGGCCUGCUGAAGCUUUGUGGGCCUUGGCUCAUGGAGGUCCCUUGUUCUUGCUUCCCUUGGUAGUUAACAAGGUGCAUGAGAAUAGCUUGGAGCCACGGCAAAGUGACCUUUCUCCUUCUUUGGUCCUAACGUCACUUGCUGCUCCCAUAUUCAGAAUUAUCUCUUUGGCCAUUUGCCAUCCUGGAAAUAAUGAAGAGUUGUGCCGGCGAAGAGGACCUGAAAUAUUGUCUCGAAUAUUGAAUUAUCUCCUCCAAACUUUGUCUUCCCUCGACAUUGCCAAGCGUGAUGGAGAUGAGGAACUUGUUGCCGCUAUUGUAUCAAUAUGUCAGUCCCAGAAGUUAAACCAUACACUUAAAGUGCAGCUUUUCAGCACAUUGUUAUUUGAUAUCAAGAUUUGGAGCUUAUGCAGUUAUGGACUUCAAAAGAAGUUUUUUUCGUCACUAGCAGACAUGGUGUUCACUGAGUCAUCAGUGAUGCGAGAUGCUAAUGCUAUUCAGACACUUCUAGAUGGUUGCAGACGGUGCUAUUGGACUGUCCGUGAAAGUGAUUCAAUUGAUUCAUGUUCAGCAAGUGGAAAUGGCCGUAUAAUGGGUGAAGUCAAUGCAUUGGUGGAUGAGCUUUUAGUGGUUGUUGAACUUUUAGUCUUGGCAGCUCCACCUUCUCUGGCUUCAGACGAUGUCCGUUGUUUGUUGGGGUUCAUGGUUGACUCCCCUCAACCAAAUCAGGUUGCAAGGGUGCUCCACCUGAUUUACAGAUUGGUUGUACAGCCAAAUAUGUCUAGGGCUAAAACCUUUGCCGAGGCAUUUAUAUCGUGUGGUGGCAUCGAAACACUUCUUGUUCUGUUGCAGCGUGAAACAAAAGCUGGAGACACUGAUGACUCAGAGUUCUUACCUGAACAUGACGAGUCUUUAACAUCGACUAAACUGGAUGCAGAUAUCUCUGAAGGAGUUUCUGCAAAACCUGGUCAUGAUGAUGGGUUUUCUUUGGAGAGAAAGGAUCUGAAUUUAUAUGAGAAUGCAUCUGAAUCUGUGAAUUUUAGAAUUCCUUCUAAAUCAAACAUGGAAAGGAUGUCGUCCAUCACUGAGAAUCCUUUUCUUAGAAACUUGGGUGGCAUAAGUUAUUCGAUAAAUGCUGAAAAUGCUCGGAAUAAUGUGUAUAAUGUUGACAAAAGUGAUGGUAUCGUUCUAGGUAUUAUCAACCUCUUGGGUGCUUUAGUGGUAUCAGGACAUUUAAAAUUCGAUGCACCUGCUCCUGUGGAGAUGACAAAUAACCUUCUUGGUUUGCUUGAGGGGGGAGGCACCAUGUUCGAUGAUAAGGUUUCUCUCCUGCUUUUUGGUCUACAGAAGGCAUUCCAAGCAGCACCUAACCGACUUAUGACGUCAAGUGUAUACACAGCAUUAUUGGCUGCCUCGAUAAAUGUGUCUUCUGCCGAUGAUGGACUGAACUUCUAUGAUUCCGGUCAUCGCUUUGAGCAUUUCCAUGUUUUAUUGGAUCUUCUAAUUUUGGCCUGCAGUCAUCCAGAAAAUAGAAACAGCCUGACAAGAAUGGAAGAAUGGCCUGAAUGGAUCUUGGAGAUACUCAUAUCUAAUCAUGAGGAUAUUGAAGCUACAAUUCAUUGUGCAGAAUGGCUAUCUAUGGUGGGUGGUUCAAGCACUGGAGACACAAGGAUUAGACGUGAGGAAUCUUUACCCAUUUUUAAGAGAAAGAUUUUGGGAGGCUUGCUGGACUUUGCUGCAAGAGAGUUGCAGGCUCAGACUCAAGUUAUUGCUGCAGCGGCUGCUGGUGUAGCAGCUGAGGGUUUGCGGCCUAUGGAUGCGAAGAUAGAAGCAGAAAAUGCUGCUCAGCUUUCUGUGGCAUUGGUUGAGAAUGCAAUAGUUAUUCUGAUGCUUGUUGAAGACCAUUUGCGGUUACAAAGCAAACUUUAUAGUUCUUCACGUUUGCCCACUACAUCUGCGUCCCCACUUUCAACUAUGUUGCCUGUGGGUGGCCGCUCUUCAAAUACAGUUCGUGGAGAAACUUCAUCUCGUACUUCAUCAUCUAGUGAAUCUGGAGGACUCUCUCUAAAUGUUCUUGCUUCAAUGGCCGAUGCUAAUGGACAAAUUUCAACAGCUGUAAUGGAACGAUUGACUGCUGCAGCUGCCGCUGAACCUUAUGAAUCAGUUUCCUGUGCUUUUGUGUCAUAUGGAAGCUGUGUAGUAGAUUUAGCAGAGGGUUGGAAAUACAGAAGUCGAUUGUGGUAUGGUGUAGGACUUACUCAGGACACAUCACUAUUUGGUGGAGGUGGCAGUGGUUGGGAAUCUUGGAAAUCUGCAUUAGAGAAGGAUGCUAAUGGAAACUGGAUUGAACUUCCACUAAUAAAGAAGUCUGUUACAAUGCUUCAAGCUCUGUUAUUAGACGAGUCGGGUAUUGGGGGUGGUCUGGGUAUUGGUGGAGGAUCUGGAACUGGAAUGGGGGGAAUGUCAGCUCUUUAUCAGUUACUGGACAGUGACCAGCCAUUCCUCUGUAUGCUGCGGAUGGUGCUUGUUUCGUUGAGGGAGGAUGAUGAUGGUGAGGACCAUAUGCUAAUGAGGCAUGUCGGUAUCCAGGACGAGUCAGUAGAGGGUUUCCGUAGACAAUCUAGUGGUGCUGCAUCUUUUGACAAAACCAGCAGGAUGCCAACUAGAAAACCACGAUCGGCGUUGCUUUGGAGUGUGUUGUCUCCUAUAUUAAACAUGCCAAUUUCCGAGACAAAGAGGCAGCGAGUUUUAGUUGCGUCGUGUGUCCUAUAUUCUGAGGUGUGGCAUGCUAUUGGAAAGGACCGAAGUCCUUUACGCAAGCAAUACCUGGAAGCCAUAUUACCUCCUUUUGUUGCUAUUUUAAGAAGGUGGCGACCUCUUUUGGCAGGAAUUCAUGAACUUGCUACUGCAGACGGUAUAAAUCCCCUUGUCGUUGAUGAUCGUGCCUUGGCUGCAGAUGCUUUGCCAGUUGAGGCUGCUCUUGCUAUGGUAUCUCCUAGUUGGGCUGCUUCUUUUGCAUCACCGCCUGCUGCUAUGGCAUUGGCAAUGAUCGCAGCUGGUGCCGCUGGUGGAGAAACCAGCGCUCCUCAGUCUAUUUCACAUCUCCGCCGAGACUCAUCCCUUCUAGAGCGGAAAACAGUCAGACUCCAUACGUUUUCUAGCUUUCAGAAACCUCUGGAGGCACCUAACAAAUCUCCAGCCAUUCCCAAGGACAAGGCUGCAGCAAAAGCAGCUGCACUGGCUGCUGCUAGAGACCUUGAGCGUAAUGCGAAAAUUGGCUCCGGAAGAGGACUCAGUGCUGUGGCUAUGGCUACAUCAGCCCAGCGUCGUAGUAAAAGUGAUGAUGAACGGGUAAAGAGAUGGAAUGUUUCAGAAGCAAUGGGAACUGCAUGGAUGGAAUGCUUACAGUCAGUGGACUCGAAGUCUGUGUACGCCAAGGACUUCAAUGCCUUAUCCUACAAGUAUAUAGCUGUCCUUGUUGGAAGUUUAGCUCUGGCUAGAAACAUGCAGCGCUCUGAGGUUGACAGGAGGUCACAAGUUGAUUCGAUAGCCCGGCAACGAUUAUACACGGGAAUACGUGAAUGGCGCAAACUCAUUCACUGCCUGAUAGAGAUUAGGUGUCUUUUUGGUCCUCUAAGUGAAGAUUUGUGCAAUACUAAGCAGUUUUUCUGGAAGCUAGACCUCAUGGAAAGUUCUUCAAGGAUGAGGAGGAUUUUACGCAGGAAUUACCAUGGCUCCGAUCACCAUGGUGCUGCUGCAAAUUAUGAUGACAAAAUAGAGCAGAAGCAUGACAGAAAUGAAGCUGUAAGUCCAUCUAAAUCCUCCAUCUUAGCUGCUGAAGCCAUCUCAGCGGAGUUGGGAAAUGAGGAAGAUGAGCAUGACUCUUCCAGUUUGGCUGUUAGCCCAAAUGAGGAACAGCCUAGUGGAAUUCAGACUGUACCAUCAGGACCUGGGAACCAGCCACUUAUAUUGGCAGAGUCCACGGAGUUACCAGUUAAUUCUGAGCUUGACACUGCAUCGAUUCCAGCCGCAACCUCCCCUGGCUAUGUUCCUUGCGAGCACGAUGAAAGAAUUGUUCUUGAGCUUCCAUCUACAAUGGUCCGCCCAUUGAAGAUUCUGAGAGGAACUUUUCAAAUAACAUCAAGAAGAAUCAAUUUUGUUGUUGAUCACACGGAUCCUAGUGCUAUGAGAGAUGUGCACAGCAAAGGUGAAAACGAAGUUCAAGAGAAGGAUCAUUGCUGGUUGAUGUCAUCACUUCACCAAGUCUACAGCAGAAGAUAUCUUCUGAGAAGAAGUGCACUGGAGUUGUUCAUGGUCGACCGGUCAAAUUACUUUUUUGAUUUUGGGAGCAUUGAGGGACGUAAAAAUGCCUAUCGAGCUAUUGUGCAAGCCCGUCCUCCUCAUUUGAACGAUAUCUACCUUGCAACACAGAGACCCGAACAACUUUUGAAAAGAACUCAGCUUAUGGAACGCUGGGCCAGAUGGGAGAUCAGCAAUUUUGAGUAUUUGAUGCAGCUUAACACGUUGGCUGGACGUAGUUAUAAUGAUAUAACACAGUAUCCUGUGUUCCCAUGGAUCCUUUCUGAUUACAGCUCGGAGAAUUUGGAUCUUUCAGUUCCUUCUUCUUUCCGUGAUCUUUCAAAGCCCAUUGGCGCUCUGAAUGCUGAGAGAUUAAAAAUGUUUCAAGAAAGAUACGCCAGCCUUCAAGAUGAAGUCAUCCCCAAAUUCCUUUAUGGUUCACAUUACUCAACAGCUGGAACAGUUUUGUAUUACCUCACAAGAGUGGAACCUUUUACUACCCUUUCUAUUCAACUUCAAGGUGGAAAAUUUGAUCAUGCUGACAGAAUGUUCUCAGACAUUGGUGCAACUUGGAAUGGAGUUCUUGAGGACAUGAGUGAUGUAAAAGAAUUGGUGCCCGAGCUAUUUUAUCUUCCAGAGGUUUUCACCAAUGAGAACUCAGUUGACUUUGGUACAACGCAACUCGGUGAAAAGCUUGACGCAGUUCGGCUUCCUCCAUGGGCUAAAAACCCUGUUGAUUUUGUCCAUAAGCAUCGGAUGGCUCUAGAAAGUGAGCACGUCUCGGAACAUUUGCAUGAAUGGAUUGAUCUCAUAUUUGGGUACAAGCAACGUGGAAAAGAAGCUAUACAGGCGAACAAUGUUUUCUUCUACAUUACAUAUGAAGGAACUGUAGACAUUGAUAAAAUAUCAGACCCAGUACAACAACGUGCUGCCCAAGAUCAGAUUGCUUACUUCGGCCAAACCCCAUCUCAACUUCUUACCAUACCCCACAUGAAACGGAUGCCGCUCAAAGAUGUCCUUCACAUGCAGACCAUUUUCCGGAAUCCCAGAGAGGUUAAGGCAUAUAGUGUUCCCAAUCCCGAGCGCUGCAAUCUGCCUGCUGCAGCCAUCCAUGCAUCGUCAGACUCUCUUAUAAUUGUCGACAUAAAUGUCCCGGCAGCACAUGUAGCACAACACAAGUGGCAGCCAAACACGCCAGAUGGCGAAGGGGCGCCUUUCCUUUUUCAGCAUGGAAAGCCUGGCACAGGUGCUGCUGGUGGGAAUUUUAUGCGAAUGUUCAAAGGGUCAACUACCCCUGGAUCAGAUGAGUGGCAAUUCCCACAGGCGCUGGCAUUUCCAGCUUCUGGAAUCCGAAGCACAGGAAUAGUUUCAAUCACUUGUGAUGGAGAAAUUGUCACUGGCGGACAUGUAGAUAACAGUGUCAGACUUAUUUCGGCCGACGGAGCAAAAACCUUAGAGAUAGCACGAGGACAUUGUGCUCCUGUCACGUGCCUUUAUGUAUCUCCUGGUAGCAACUAUCUGGUGACCGGUUCCCGGGACUCAACAGUUCUUCUCUGGAGAAUAAACCGAUCAUCUAUGCCACGCUCGACUAACUCACUCGAGCCUUCCAGUAAUCCAACUACACCCACAUCUCCAGGCGGAAAUUCCAGCUCAGCCAACAAAAACAGGGGCAAACGGAUAGAAGGCCCUGUACACGUUCUCCGGGGGCAUUUUGGGGAAAUCACAUGCUGCUCUGUGAACUCAGACCUCGGAAUUGUUGCCUCGUGUUCAGAAUCCUCUGACGUGUUGCUUCAUUCAAUAAGACGAGGGCAGCUCGUCAGAAGGCUUGCUGGUGUGGAGGCUCAUUCUUUGUGUCUGUCGUCUGAUGGAAUUUUAGUGACCUGGAAUAAGUAUUUUUCUACUCUGAGUACCUUUACUCUUAAUGGGACUCUGGUUGCUAGGCAAUGGCUUCCGAAAUCAUCGAGUGUCGGCUGCAUAGAGGUUUCUCUAGAUGGUUGCAGUGCUUUGGUCGGGUUAAACCCAUCUGUGGACAAUGAUGGAGUCUCGGAGGCUGCAAAUGAUGAUAAUGAUGGAAGCAGAUUGGAUUUGAUCUUACCUUGCAUUUGCUUCUUUGAUCUAUAUACUCUUGAGGUCUUCCAUAAGAUACAACUUGCAGAAGGACAAGAUAUCUCCACUAUGGCUUUGAAUAAGGAUAAAACAAAUCUUCUGGUGUCAACAGCGAAUAAGCAAUUGAUAGUAUUCACAGAUCCUUCCUUGAGCUUAAAAGUCGUUGACCAAAUGCUCAAGCUGGGAUGGGAAGGUGAUGGGUUAAUCCCCUUCAUAAAGUGAAAGUUGAAGAUAACACAAUUUUCACCUUUUCUUGAAGACUGGUUCAAAAUGGCAUUCGUGGGGCAUAAUAGCUAAUUGAUGGCUAUCCGUUCGGAAAAUUUUGGUCCUUGAUAUAUACCCCAUUUCUGAGGCACUGGAAAUUGAAAAUGUGCACUACAAAGAGGAUCUGCGUUAAACGAGUCGUGUGAUAUACCAUUGUUUACUAUGCAGCUGCAUUUGUUUUCCAUACUGCUGAGUGGGCGGAGUUUUGUUACGUAGUGGACGUUGCACAAACUGCUCAUAAUGUAUACUUCUGUUGUCCGCCUUCAUUCUUUUUCAGUAUAAUAUGUAGAAAAAUUUUUGUUGACAAUGUUUGAAGCCGCAGUUGCGAAUGGAUAUUGGGUGUGCAUGUACGGUCAGGACCAUCCUGUAAUUCUCCCUCGAGGCAAAAUUUUACGUAAGAGUUCGUGAAUCCUUUUGUUUUGUGGGCCGAGUAUUUUUUUUUUUUAUUUUUUUUAUUUGAUUUGUAGUUUGUACCACUAUAAUCUUUACACCUGAGGUUAUUUCGAGUUAUAUACAUUGAAUAUUCUUUUGAUUGUUUUGUGCAUUUUAAUUUUAAAAAG